AUGAGCCGAGAGCGACAUCACCAUCUGCAACAAACACAGCUGCAUCAGAACAUGCACCUGUGUACCCAGAACAUGCACCUGUGUACCCAGAACCUCCACCUGUGUACCCAGAACCUGCACCUGUGUACCCAGAACCUCCACCUGUGUACCCAGAACCUCCACUUGUGUACCCAGAACCUCCACCUGUGUACCCAGAACCUACACCUGUGUACCCAGAACCUGCAGCUGUGUACCCAGAACCUACACCUGUGUACCCAGAACCUGCACCUGUGUACCCAGAACCUACACCUGUGUACCCAGAACCUGCACCUGUGUACCCAGAAUCUACACCUGUGUACCCAGAACCUACACCUGUGUACCCAGAACCUGCACCUGUGUACCCAGAACCUGCAGCUGUGUACCCAGAACCUGCAGCUGUGUACCCAGAACCUCCACCUGUGUACCCAGAACCUCCACCUGUGUACCCAGAACCUCCACUUGUGUACCCAGAACCUCCACCUGUGUACCCAGAACCUACACCUGUGUACCCAGAACCUGCAGCUGUGUACCCAGAACCUACACCUGUGUACCCAGAACCUGCACCUGUGUACCCAGAACCUACACCUGUGUACCCAGAACCUGCACCUGUGUACCCAGAAUCUACACCUGUGUACCCAGAACCUACACCUGUGUACCCAGAACCUGCACCUGUGUACCCAGAACCUGCAGCUGUGUACCCAGAACCUGCAGCUGUGUACCCAGAACCUGCAGCUGUGUAACCAGAACCUGCAGCUGUGUACCCAGAAUCUACACCUGUGUACCCAGAAUCUACACCUGUGUACCCAGAACCUACACCUGUGUACCCAGAACCUGCACCUGUGUACCCAGAACCUGCAGCUGUGUACCCAGAACCUGCAGCUGUGUACCCAGAACCUGCAGCUGUGUACCCAGAACCUACACCUGUGUACCCAGAACCUGCAGCUGUGUAACCAGUAA